UGCGCCCUGAAAAGUGGAACCAUCGGCGAUUUUCUUCUGUCGUUUGGCAAGAUUUUUGCCGUUUAUUUGAGCUCGUAUGCAAUUUCGCAAUGCUCUAACGGAUAAAUAACCUAGUCGUGAUACAAUUUUGUACUAAUAGUGCGCUUUUCUGAGGAAUUUUGAGUGUCAUUUUUGCUGACGAAAGUUGAGAAAGUGUGGUCAGAUUUUUGGUGAAAGAAGAUGGCGGCCCCUCCUCCCAUGGCGCCUUUCAACAUGAACCAGGUUCAGUUCAGACCGCCUAUGGACAACAUGGGGAACGUACCCAUGUCUAACGUAGGGAUGGGACCAGACCCAGCCCACAACAAUGAACCCCUACAGUUCAACACCAGCAAAGGUAAACCACCCCAAGCUUCCCCAUCACCACCGGUGGAGGACAUGGAUCUCAGGCUACAGAAGAAAGGGAAGAAAGGCAAUGGGCAUCAUGGCAACAUGGCACCAGGAGAUAUGAUGGGACUGGACCCCAACCAGCUGAACAUGGGUAUGAUGGGGCAGGGCAUGAUGGGAGACUGGAACCAGGCAGCCUGGGGUUUGGGGAUGUUACACAGUCCCAACUCAGGGGGACCUGGUGGGAACAUGGGGCAAGGUGGCAUGGACCCUAACAUCAUGCAGGAAGGUAUGAACCAGUUUGGCAUGAUGGACCCCCAGUUUGCUGGCUUCAUGGGGGGUAUGAUGCCCCCACCCCCUCCUCCUGAUCUGCAGAGGGAGAUUAUUGAGCUGAAGAGUUGUACCUUGUUUCCACCCAUGCCAGGCAUGCCACCACCGACCACCCGCGAGCGCCCGCCAGGCUGUCGGACCGUGUUUGUCGGAGGCAUGCCGGAGAGCAUGACGGAGGACAUUAUUCAGGAGGUGUUUGAGCGCUGCGGAGGCAUCAUCAGCAUCCGUAUGAGCAAACGGAACUUCUGCCAUAUCCGCUUUGACGACCCAGGAGUUGUAGACAGGGCUAUAGCUUUAUCAGGUUAUAGAAUCCGCCUUGGCCAGAGCAGCGACCCAAUGAACAUGGGCCGCCUGCACGUGGACUACGCCCAGGCCCGUGACGACCAGUACGAGUGGGAGUGCAUCCAGCGCCGCAUGCAGCGAGAGGAGCGCCACAGACGCAGGGUGGAGGAGAUGAGGAUGAGGCCCCCCUCCCCACCCCCCGUCACACACUUCUCAGACCACGAGUGCCAGAUACUUGCUGACAAGCUGAAAGCCGAUGACACGUUCUCGCCGGCAACCCAACAACUCAUCACAUGGCUGGAGCGAGGUGACUGCAACAAACGCACUGCCAACAACUUCUACAGUAUGAUCCAGUCUGUCAACAGCCACGUGCGCCGCCUGAUGAACGAACGCCAACAGUAUGACGACGAGUUCGAAAACGCCCACAGGGUCCACAAGGGCCGCCUCACGGGCCUCCUGUUACAAUUUGAUCAGAUAGAGAAAGUGUUUGGAUCGUCCACUAAGCAGCGGGCUUGGGAUCAUUUCUCCAAGGCCCAGAGGAAGAACAUAGAGAUGUGGAAGAAGCAAGCUGAGGAGAUCCGCACCACCCAGCAAGAGGAGAUGAUGAGUGACAGGAAGGAGGAAGACAUGGAGCUGUCUGACACCGAGGAUGAACCCGGUGGCAUGAUGAUGAAACGCAGGAAGGUCGAAGCUGGUACAUUCUUUUCAUAUUUCCCACAAGCCCUGAAGGAAGAGAACGACAGUCUGAAGUGUCAGGUGGAGGCCUACAAGAACGAGCUGGAAGUGGUGAAGUCUGAAGCACAGUAUAGUCUGUCAGAGAGGGACAAACAGAUCCAACAGCUACAGAUGGCUCUACAGGGCAUGCAACAGCAACUCAUUGCUGCAAGGACAGAGAUGCAGGUAAAGAAGGAUGAAGAAGAGAAGAAGGAGGAAGAGGAGGCUAAAGCUGAGCCACCGAAGCCGUCAGCUUUGAUGCAGUGGCUGAAAUCAGCCAAUAAAGACAAGGCUUCCUUCGCUGCAGUCCCAGAUCCUGACAAGUCUCCAAAGAAGGAGAAGGAGUCCAGGGUCCAGAAACCUGCCAUGUUGGACCAGCAACAGGCACUGCUUGUCGGAGUGCUGUCUUCGUUCCUACACGUCCAUCCGUUUGGAGCUUCGGUAGAGUACAUGUGGUCGUACCUACAGAGACUGGAGCUCACCGUCAGCCCAGCUGAGUUAGAAGAGUUACUGAUCUCUCUUCCACGCUGCUUCUGUCAGGAGCUCUUUGGAAUCGGCGCCACUUUGGAAAAAAGAUGGAAAUUUACCGGCUUCGAAAAACCUCCACCACCAAAAGUAGUAGUGGAGGUCGAGGAGGAGAAAACUGUCCAGAAUGAAGCAGAGUGACUUUAUAGCUGAAUCGUCAACUUUUUUUGUCAUAAAGACUCCAAGAGUCAUGCAUAUAUUCUAUACAAUUUAUUGUAUGUAGACAAGUUUGUGAUCUGACAGAAAAGAGGCAAUAGCAAAGUUUUGCAAACUAGACAGAGGAGUAGAAAUUCACUGCCAAAAUAUGUGAAGGAGUUAGUUUCUAGGCAAAAUGGAACCUUCUUAUCAUCCCAUUGGAAGCCUUGAAUUGGUAGUUGGUGGUAGGAGGAAUUCUAGAAAGGGUUCAUGGGAUUUGGAAGUUUUCUGAUCAAGUUGAACAUGUACAUAGAAAAUCGAUCACAGGAAAAAGAAGCUCUGAGUACAUUGUAUUUGUUCGUUUGUUUAACACAAGCCAGUAUUGUUAUAUAUGUUUAUAGUAUACUGUACAUCAUAUGGCUGAUGAAUAUGGCAUGAUAAUGUAGCAUGGUGGUGUUCUCAAUAUUAGAAAUGAAUAUGCUUAAUUUACUUUAUUCAUGCCAAACAUUCCAUCAAGGGGAAAACUUAGAUUCUUUCAUUUCCGUAGCACUUUUAAUUAAGAGUGUAAAUCAACAUGUUUGAUUUGAAGUUUGAAA